AUGAGGGUACCCUGGAUACAGCCGACUUCAGUCAGUAACAGCCCUCGUCUUCAAGGUGCAUAUGGCCCGGUGGCCGAAUACAAUCGCCGUGUCAAAUCUGGUGUCCUUAGAGACGACCAGCAUCAGCGUACUAUCAUCGAAUCGCUACAAGAUCUGCACGACAUGCUGGCAAACUAUAGUCCACCGACAGUUCAGGAGCCAUCGAUAGAAUCCCUGCAGCCCAAGAAGCAAGGUUUCCUCUCGUCAAUCUUUGGCGGCGGCCAGAAGACGCUGUCCAACUUGGACAUCUCUAGUGACUUGCCCAAAGGCUUGUACAUGUACGGCGACGUCGGCAGCGGAAAGACCAUGAUGAUGGACCUUUUCUAUGACACACUACCUGAGAGCAUCCAGAGGGCUACGCGCAUCCACUUCCACAACUUCAUGCAGGAGGUACACCGCGAUCUGCACAAAGUCAAGAUGCAACACGGCCAGGAUAUCGAUGCCAUUCCUUUUGUGGCAGCUCACAUUGCCAAACGUAGCAUUGUACUCUGCUUUGACGAAUUUCAGUGUACCGAUGUGGCCGACGCCAUGAUCUUGCGAAGACUCGUCGAAUCUCUGAUGCACCACGGCACCGUUAUCGUGACUACCAGUAACCGCCAUCCCACCGAGCUUUACAAGAACGGUGUUCAACGCGAGUCCUUCAUCCCCUGCAUCAACCUUCUUCAGCGUCAACUGCGCGUUAUAAACCUCGAUUCGCCUACGGACUACCGCAAGAUUCCCCGACCUCCGUCAGGUGUAUACCAUUUCCCGCUCAACAAGGCUGCGAGUACCCAUAUCACUCAUUGGUUCAAGUAUCUGGGUGAUUUCGAAAAGGACCCUCCACACCCAGCCGAACACUAUGUUUGGGGACGACCUAUUCAGGUACCUCAGGCGAGUGGAAAGGCUGCACACUUUGAUUUCGACGAACUAAUUGGCCGUGCCACUGGCGCUGCUGACUACAUCGAGUUGAUGCGCAAUUACGACGCUUUCAUCGUGAGCAAUGUACCGCAAAUGGAUCAUCGCAGUCGCGAUCGAGCCCGCCGCUUCAUCACUUUUAUUGAUGCCGUUUACGAGUCACAUGCCAAACUUGUCCUCACGACUGCCGUACCAUUGACCGAGCUGUUCCUCUCUCGCGAGGAAGUCGACGCAGCAAUGAAACAAGCAGCAGCCAAGGGCGACAGUAACGCAGAGGCCGCACUGAACGAAGGAUCAGACGUCGACGACGUAAUGCGGCAGAUGAUGGAUGAUCUGGGCAUGAACAUGAACAUGCUCAAGAAGAGCAACUUCUUCUCUGGCGAUGAGGAAGCCUUCGCAUUUGCCCGUGCAUUGUCACGUCUGUCUGAGAUGGGUUCGCAGAUGUGGGUGGAACGUGGUAUGGGUCUUGAGAACAAGGGAGGCAAGAAGGAAAAGGAUGACUUUGCUAAAGUCAGAAGCAGAUGGAAGGAGGACAGCAUGUAA